GAAGGAGAUGACAUAGAAGUUUAUCUGCUCACCGAACUCGGUCCCAGAUCUCUGCCGCUGAACUGGCUCAUUCCGUUGACUGCCAUCUACACGUUCAUCUUCAUCACGGGCAUCGUCGGCAACGUAUGUACAUGCAUGGUUAUUGCACUGAACGCCUACAUGCAGACGGCGACCAACUGCUACCUAUUCAACCUUGCGAUAGCUGACAUGCUGACCUUGUUAUGUGCGAUGCCGAUGGAGCUCUACUCCUUCUGGCAUCAGUAUCCGUGGCAGCUCGGGAACACGAUGUGCGACCUCCGUGCCCUCGUCACGGAGGCCAGCGCCUACGCUUCCAUCUUGACGAUUGUCACGUUCAGCACGGAGAGAUACAUCGCGAUCUGCCAUCCAAUGCACCAACCGACGAAGUCGAAGAUCACCCGAGCUAUUCGGAACAUUGUACUGAUCUGGAUACUCUCAAUCCUGGCAGCUUCUCCUUUCACAUUCUUCACCGGCGUGAACUUUCUCAAAUAUGAUUCCAAUAAGCCGAUAGCGGCGUCGGCGUGGUGUGGGCUUCCUUUCAACGAGCCGAACCGCUCGUGGGAGAUUCUGCUCCUCUGCUCGACGUUUGUAUUUUUCGUGGCACCUCUGUCGAUCAUCCUCGUACUGUACUUACGAAUCGGAUUGGCUCUCCACAGAACGCUCAAGGUGAGUCGACCAGAAUCACAUUACGGGGCGUCGGACUACAGCGCAGGGCCUCACCAGUGUCAGUCUCGGUAUCAUAGAAGCGACGGGGAAAGGUCCAAGAGCCGUCGAGCCGUGGUUCGGAUGUUGGCCGCGGUCGUCAUAGCCUUCUUCGUGUGUUGGGCUCCGUACCACUCACAGCGACUACUCUUCCUCUACGUAUCCCUGCACGGCCACUGGACAAACACUCUGAGGGACGUGAACCAAAAACUCUUCCUGCUAGCCGGGUGUUUCUAUUAUAUGAACUCAACCAUCAACCCGAUACUGUACAGCAUCAUGUCAAACAGAUUCCGCGUAGCGUUUCGAGAGAAACUCUGCCCGCCCCGUUUUGGGUGCUGCUCGUUAUUCCGCCAGAAAGGCGAAGACAGCACCGGGGGAGGAGGCGGAGCUGGCGGAGGAGGGGGAAGAAUCCGCAGUGGGGCAAACGGCUACAGAGCUCAUUCGGCGAGUUCUCAGCACAGCGGAGCAGCGCAGAAUCCGUCGAGACUGAAACACGCGUCCAAGCAGCACACGACGCCCUCGGUCAAAUGGACCUCCAAGCAAGACAACAAUCAAGACAGUCAUGGAAACAACCACAUCAAAGUUCCAAUCAUUCGCAAAUAUAGUUUAUCAGGUACCCAGAGCGAAGGCAACCUAAUUUAUGGCUGUCAUUCCGUCAAGGAUAGUUCGAUACACGUCCGAAGAUCUCACAGCCCCACUAGUGGAUUGAGCAGCGAAGCAUUGGAGUAUGAAAACGAGCUGAACGAGGUUUUCCAACGAGCUUUCGAGGAGAAAAGAGCUUCAGCUGGCAGUGCCAUGUGUCAUGACUGCACUUCCUGUACCUCGUUGUUUGUGCCUAAGAGUAGAGAUUCUUCGAAAGGAGCCAAAGGACAUAAAAGAGGACACUACAGGAGCAUCAGUGGCCUGACUACGAAUUCCCCUACCACAGUUCAAACGGAUAACUUCUCGGAAUCGAUAGUGUGA